CUCGUGUGAGCCACCGCGUCUUCGUCAACGGGGUCUCGGUUGCAGAGGGCAUGCCGGCCGACUCGAGCAGUGCAGGCCGCGUGAAGGGCGUGUUCACUCUGGUCAGCGUGCCAGGCAUCAGCAGCGGGAUCCACCCUCCAGGCGCCAGCGGCGUCAGCGCUCCAGGCGGCGCGGCAGCGGGGUCAGCGGUCCAGCACGGCGGUCGCAUGGUCAUCGACAUCGAACACAUCGCUGCGCCAUCGACGCCGCCAGAGCUAGUGCCCAUGCUCGAGGAUCCAGCCAGCAAUCACCACCUCACAGAUCUCGGCAGGGCGCGCCUUGCGCUCCACUUCGCUGUCGGACUUGCUGGCCGCCCUUCAGCAGAGCAGGAGAUCAACAGCGGCGUGGACAUGGGUGAUCAGCACUUGGGCUUGACGACUGCCGAGUGGCGCGAGCUCCAGACCUUGGUGCCGCGGGUCAGCGACCUCAUCGGCACCGCGGCGACCUGCCUCGAGGGUGACACCAUGUCGAGGAUCAAGAUCGGUAAGACCCGCAACCUCCUCAGGGGCAGUCGCAAGGUGCUCGCUGACCUUGCUGAGGCUUUCGCCCAGUUGGACGGCCCGCAAGAUGUG